CCACGAGAGCCAGACGCGGGGCAGCCAAGGGCGGGUCCGUCUCUUGCCGGGCUCCGGAGGGAAACCAGAGCUGCCGAGUGGAGAAGGGUGGCUGGGCUUUUCGUCAGACAGUCAGCCCAGCGGGAAGUACCGGGAGAGCGUCGCUCACCUCCCUUCACUGCGUUAGCCGCUCUCGAUGGGCAGCUGCUGCUCCUGUUGAUGGCCAGAGGAGGAGAACGGGCGAUCCCCACGCGGGCGACACAGCCCGGAAAAGACAUGGCACUGCCGCCGCCGCCACCACCACCACCGGUCCCUUCUCUGCCUUCCCUGGGCAGUUCUGCUCCGCCGUCUCCGUACAUCCACAGCAUGCCUGCCUGGGUGCUAGAGGACUUCUGUCAGAAGAUGGACUGUCUCAACGAGUACGAAUGGAUGCGCUUUGCAUCCUAUGUGAUCACUGACCAGACUGAGCUGAGAAAAAUCAAAUGCAUGGAAAAAGCAGGAAUCAGUAUAACCAGAGAGCUGAUGUGGUGGUGGGGAAUAAGGCUUGCAACCGUCCAACAGCUGUUAGAGCUUCUGCAGGAAUUGCAGCUGUAUCGGGCAGCCCAAGUGAUUGCGGAUUGGAGGUCACUCUCACUCAACCAUGAUUCUAUAAGGGCUCCUUCAGAGACUCCUCAACAGGAGAAUGCAUCACUGCAUCCAACAGCGAACAAAAAUAAAGUCACAGGAAAUGAGCCGGAAACACCAGUAUUGCUGAAUUCAGAUCCUGUUUCAAAAGCAGCAGCAGAAAUGCUUCCUUUAACUCCGCCACCAAUGUCUAUGGACCUUCCACAUUCUUUACGUUCAAAUCCACCUGUUUCAUCAAGUGUGAAGCCUUGCAGUUCUUCCAUUCCUCGACAGGAAACUGCUCCUAAUCUCAUGAAUGCUAGCCUUUUGUGGACCCCAAGUGAAGUGGAAACUGCCACCAGUGGAUUCAGUGCAGAAAACCAAAUUAGUGAAGGCAUUUUUGCUAUUACCUACAAAGGUCGGAAAGCCAACAGUUUAUAUGUUGUAAAAAGGCUAAAAGAGAAUGAGACACACAGGUUUUUUCGUACAGAAGUACAGAUCUGCUUUCGGUGUUGCCACCCUAACAUUCUACAGCUGCUAGGUUUCUCUGUAGAAAGUGGAUUUCACUGCCUGAUCUACCCUUACAUGCCAAAUGGAUCGCUGAUGGAUAGACUACAGUGUCAGGUUGAUUCUGAGUCAUUAUCGUGGGAUCAACGCAUCAGAAUAUCUUUGGGACUUAUUCAAGCCAUUCAGCAGUUACAUCACUUUGGAAUCAUUCAUGGAAAUGUGAAAAGUUCCAAUGUUUUGCUGGAUUCAAACUUUACACCACAACUUGGACAUUCUGGUCUCAGGUUGCCCCCUGUGGAGAAAAAAUCCCAAUAUGCUGGGAUGAAAACCAAAGUCUUGCAAGCUUCUCUCGCUUACUUCCCAGAAGAUUUUGUCAGGCAUGGGCAGCUCGCGGAAAAAGUGGACAUAUUUGCUUGUGGGAUAGUUUUAGCAGAGAUAUUGACUGGCAUGAAAGCAAUGGAUGAAGGAAGGAACCCUAUUUUUCUGAAAGAUGCCCUCCUUGAGGAAAUCCAAGUAGCCAAAGAACUAUCCUGUUCUAAGGAAAGAACCUUUGAAAAACUUGCUGCUGGAGAAAUAUGUCGUAAAUAUCAAGACAAGCAAGCAUUUCACUUGCCAGCAAUGACUGCUGUUUGUUUGGCCAUGGCUGCCUGUGUUUGUCUGCGGAAAAGGAAUGCUGACAUGGCUGAGGUAUGUGAAAUUUUGAAACUAGCAGAUCGUCAAAUAAGGUAUCAGAAAAUGCCAGAGAGAAGCAGAUAUUUUGGACUCUCUGACAAUACUCCAGAAGAAACCAAUGAUGAGCCAGCUAGUCCCUUCGUUGGUUUAUCAGAUAACCACGAGAGUAAUGUGAAUUCCGCAUCUCUGACCUGUGCAGAUUUGUUACUACCUUUGAUAAGAGUUGUGCCUCCUGAAACAUAUUCUGAGCAGAUGUUACGGGUCCCUUGUGAGUCAGAUGAAUCAUGUAACUUUUCAUGGGGCCCAAUGGAGGAUGUGGCCUGCCGGCCACCAAGCAACAGCCAUCCAGAUCUAAGAAAUGUUUCUUCCACUAAGCCUCUGACAAAGGAACCAGAGUAUGCUAGUGUCUUCACAGCAGAUAGUAUGGACACUGACAGGACUAUGAAGCCACAGGAAACGGCUGUGGCUUCUUCAAAUACAGCAAUUUCAUCAAAUACAGAAGAUUCUGGUGCUGCUUGUUCCUCACAAGCAACAGCUAAAGAAAUAACGAUCAAUGAUAAAAAGAAGAAGCUGAUGGAACAAUUGUUAUUAUAUAAAGAAAACAAGAUAAACAGUUAUGAACUCUUUGAAUCAUCAACAUAAUUAAAUCACCAGUGGCAUUUUCAGAAGACAGAACUCUUUCUCAGCAGUAGCAGCUGAAACAAAAAGCAAUAUUAAAAAAUUAUGUUGGAUUCAUAUGCAAAAAAAGAUAUGUUAACGUUAUAUGAGAGGGAGCAUCAAUUGAAAUGUGUUUGGUGCCCCCUUGAAAUCAAACACAUAACCUAAACAAAAUGAAUGAAAGGGAAAAGAAAAACUUAAUUAUUUUGCAGUGGGGUAUCCUUACUAAUAUAGCAGAUUUGCACUAGUUGGCUGAGCUGUCCUCAAGAACAAAUUACAUUUCAUUGUUUUGUCUUGGAUAUGGUGUUGGACUGGAUGAUUCAGCAGCUGUCUGUGCAACUCUGACUUCCUGAACUGUAAGAUAAUAAGAUACAACAAUUGGCACAACAGAUAUGUACAAUUCAAAUCAAUUGAUGACUUGCAUUCUGAACAGAAUCCAAUGAAAAGUAUUGGAAUGCUGAAAAGUUGAGAUGAUGGAUGAUGUUAUACUUGAUUUGUGAAGGCUCACUCACCCACACAACUAGCUACCUGAUACAGCAGUUAACAAGUGCUGAACGUGCAUGUGUAAACAAUCCCUCAAACUCUGUAAGCAGACAGGAGUAACACACUAGAACACAGUUUUGCAUGUUGUCAGGUGCAUUGGGUAUAGUAUGCUUUUGUGAAAGCAACAAUGCUCUUUCUAUAAAACAAUCACAAUACAUAUUAAUAGUGAACUCAUUCUACAAGUGUGUAUCUUUAUGUAGCCAAUAUGGCAUCAUCCACAUUCAAAAGGGAAGUAUUGUCAGACUUGGGAGAAUUCCAAAGGGUGUGGGAGUCCAAAACAUAUUUAGACAAAAUAUAUAAGGAGGAGGAAGGGAACCCAGUAAGGACUGAGUCAUGCUUACUGGACACAAAAUGUUGAGCUGACUGUUGGGAAAAAAUGGAUCAGAUGGAUAAUCCUGGCAAUAGCAGAGUUUGAACAGGAACACCUUACAAAUCAACAUUUUGUUGCAGAUUCUACUUGUAAAACAAAUUAGCUACAAAUGCCUAGCUGUAAAUCCCUGGACAUUCUUGGAAGUCCAUCAUAUCUAAGGCUAUGUUCACAUGAUAAAAGACCAACAGGUUUUGGUACUUUUGCAAAGAUUGCUUGUAAGUUUGCCCCAUACUCUGUACUGAUAGUAAUGUUUACAGUGCUGUAAGUCUUGAAUAUGAAGGGUUUUAGAGUACGUUUCUUUUUGCUAUAAAUGAUAUCCCAGAUUAUGAACCAGUCAAAGAAUCAUUAGGCAAUCCUAUUUGACUUCUUAGUCUAAAUUCCCAGUUUGCAAUGGUAUGAUUGGGGUGAAAGGUUAAACAGGCCUUGCUGUUCACUGUUUGUGGCAUUCCAUUAACUUAAGUACUGUGUUUGGUCAAACAUUGCAAGAUUAGGUGCAGACUAAAUUCAGCAAGGACAAUCUUCCCAUGGAAACAGUCUUUUACACACAUACAGGAUUUGCAUAUUUGGGCAAAACUAUUAAAACCAGUCAAUACCAAACUGAUGUUUUGCUAUCUGUUGUGGCAGGCAGUACUGUUUAAAGGCAUGAUUGUUCUAAAUGUAAAGUAGAUUUAGAAUAGAUAAAAUAGUACACAUGUUGCUUGUUUGUCCAGUUUUAAUUAAUUUUUGGUAUAGAAUUCAGAAUGAAACAAACUGAAUUACCAGUGCAAUACUUUGAAUGCUUAUUCAGAAGUAAGUCCCAUUGAGUUCAAUGGGUCACACUCUCAAGUAAACAUAUAUAGGAUUGCAUAAUUCAGCAAAAAACCCAACAACCCCAAAAAACCUAAUUUGCUAUUGGGAUAUAUUCUGAUCCUGUGCAGAUUUAAGCACCCCUAAACUCAUUCAAGCACAUGCUUAAGGACUGCAAUCAUAAAAGAAAAAGUGGAAAGACAGGAAGUGAAACGAAAGAAGCUAGAAGAGGGGGGACCAAUCAGAGAAACCCUGAAAACAGUAGGAUCUGAUACAGAUGCUUUCCUGAGGCUAGAAACCCAAAACUUAUUUCUGACCAGAGAUCUUAGAACUUUUGAUUUUUGUAUAGGACCUUUGUGCUCCCCAGAAAAGCAGCAUUAAUUACCUCCUAAUGGGUGGAUAUGUCAGACGGAUGGGGAUAUAUUCAGUGUAAAUAAACUGGCUUGUUUUUUUGCUAAUAAGCUAAUCUUAUUGGUUAACAAUAAAACUAUUUAUUCACUAACAAUGUUUCCUUUUGGGACUAAGAGAAAAUAUUUAUAUUGGUAAUAUUUUAUGGCAUAUUUUGUAUUUUAUUAUUUUUUAUAAACUUUAUUAUUCCUAAAAGACUAAAAAAAUCUGAACUUUGAAGCAUAUUCAUAUUAUUUUCAUUCAUUGUACUUUCUAUCCUUUAUACCAUUAAUAAUUUUGCUCACUGGAUUUUAUUUCUUUAAAAGAUGAAAACAGUGCAAUCCCCUAUACAUGUCUACUCAGUAGUAAGCUCCCUUGAAUUCAGUGAGACUUACACUCAAGUAAGUGUGUAUAGAAUUGCAACCUGAAGCAUCAAAACAGAUGAUAGAAAUAGAUUAUUAUGCACUACUGCAGUUUUCAUAAAUAGUGGCAUAUGAAUUUCUUUAAUGCUCUACAACUCCCCAUUGUAAUGUAUAUUGCAAGUUCUUUGUUCCAAAUGUAUAGAUUCAUCAAACAUUUGAAAUAAAUGAUUGGAAAAGAG